AUGAUCGAAAUGGUUGAAAUGUACAAUGGUUAUGGAUUGACUAGUAUAGACAUAUUUGUUGAGUCUACUAUUGUAAGACCUAGUUUUGACAUAAUAGGAGAUGAAGUUGUUGUAGAAAAUCAUAAUUCCCCAUUACAUUAUAAUGAAGACAUGAAUGAAGAUGGUGAUAUCAAUGAGGAAUUUAGCUUUAAUGGCAAUGGUGUCAUGGCUUGCCAUGAUCCAAUUAUAACUCACAAUGUUGUUGUUGUUGUUCAUGAUCAUAAUUAUGAUGAUGGUUAUCUUGUAGAGGGAGAUGAAUAUGAAGAUUUUGAUGAUAAUGCUUAUGAUGAUCUUGAGGUUGAUGGAUUAUGGGUUAAGUUAGUUAAUGUUGAUAAAAAGGAUGAAGGGAGAGCAAAUAAUGAGGAUAAUAAAGUCAAUUAG